CGCCUUUCUUUUUCAAACCGCUACAAUACCCUUCACCUUCAAUCUUCAACCUUUCUUUUCCCUUUUUAAUCUUAUUUCUUCUCUCUCUUCUUUAACCUAAAAACUGAAAAAGCUUCAUUCCACUGCAAAAUUAAACCCUUUUCCCCCUUUUUCUUCACAUAUUCAAUCAUCCAAGUCUUCGCUUCAAGCAAUCCUCAACUUCUUUUUCUUUUUCUUCUUCUUCUUCUUCUUUUUUUUUUUUUUUGUGUGUGUGGAAUUUGAGCCGCCGUGAGGUAUAAUUUCUUCUUUUUUAUUUUGUGUUGUUUUUGUUGUUGUUUACGAUUUCCGGCGAGGAAUUUUGGCCUCGAUGUGGCGGUCGUGGAGCAAAUCGAUGGUACAGAUUCCUGAUAAGUCUUCACAAUCCUCUCCAUUCUCUUGUUCUUCCUUCAAAGACGUUCAAGAACUUUUCGCUGACGAACCCCCCCCUAAACCUACUUCGAGAAAAGCUUCAAUCGUUUUCCAGCGUGUUCGAUUUGUUAAUUCCUUGCUUAGGGCGUGGUCUAAUCUCCCGUCCGAGAGUCAAUCGCAGCUUCGAUUUCAACCUGAGUCUGAACCGGUCCUCAAAUUUCUAGACCCUAAAUCCACUAAAUCGUCGCAGGUUCCGUCGCGAUCUGAGGCCGGGCCUGUUUCGGAUAAACGAAUUGUGGUUUACUUUACUAGCUUACGUGUUGUGAGGUCUACGUUUGAGGAUUGUAAGACCGUCCGUUCAAUACUCCGAGGGUUUCGUGUUUCGAUUGAUGAACGGGAUCUGUCGAUGGAUUCAGGAUUUGUGGCGGAAUUACAGCAGAUACUUGGUAAAAAGGAGUUACCCUUACCGACGGUUUUCAUCGGCGGGGAAUACAUCGGUGGAGCAGAGGAAAUCAGGCAGUUACACGAGAUUGGUGAGCUGAAGAAGCUGAUCGAAGGGUUGCCAACGGCGGAUUCCGGCGUUUGUGAGGUGUGUGGUGGGUACAGAUUCAUACUGUGUGAGGAUUGUAAUGGAAGCCAUAAGUUGUUCACAGAGAAAAGUGGGUUCAAGACAUGUACGACUUGCAAUGAGAACGGUCUAAUCAGGUGCCAUUCUUGCUCUUCUUCUGCAACAUUGUGAAUCAUUCUGAUUUCUGAGCCUUUCUCUUUGGUUAAUUUAAAGAAGAAAAUGAUGAAAGGGAAUAAGAAAUCAUCCCCAUAAAAGGAAACCCAACAACAACAACAACAACAAAAAAAAGGAAACUAAUUUUUAUUGACCAAAUUUUCUUUUCUUGGACCAGUUCUUAACAUUUUUGUAUCUAAAAAGUAGCUUUUAACGAGUUUAGCUUCUUCUUAUUAAGCUGCCUCCAUAGAUUUGUCUGGUAAUGUUGUUGUUUGCAUAAGAAAGCAAUCACAAAAAUGUGUUUUAAUUUCCAUUUCCCUCUCAUUUUCCCCUGAAAAUGUUCCUUAAUUUCAAAUAUGAAUUUUGAGUUAGCUUUAAAAGAAAAAAUUGAUCUUGCCAUUAGAAUUGAGCUGAGGCGCCUUGAUUUGUGGUGGGAGGAUCAUUUUUGUUUUGUAUGUAGAGAGAGUGUACAGCUACAGUGGCAAAUAAUUGAUUCAUAAUUUGGGGAAAUUGAAAGGCCUUUGUUGAUAUUAUUUUUAAAUGAACAAA